AUUUCGCAAGCCCUAUAAAUACACAAAUUUGGAGUGCUUCUCUGUAAAGAUGUCCAUAAGCUUUCCGAGCUUCUGCUGCGUCCGGAGGUCGAGUCCGGCGAAGAUGGCGUUAAGGUUCUCCUACAUCACCCCCUCGCAACUGAUCUCCUUGCGCCGGAGUGCGAAAGUGGCGAUCGUCGACGUCCGAGAUGAGGAGAGGAGCUACGACGCCCACAUCGCUGGUUCGGAGAUGCUACCGUAUCUUUUGGGAGCUGUCCAGGGGAAUGACGCCGUCGUUUUCCACUGCGCACUGAGCCAGGUAAGAGGACCAGCUUGCGCAAGGAUUUUCGCAGAUUACUUAUCAAAAGUGAAUGAAAAUGGUGGAAUUAAAGAAGUCAUGGUUUUGGAGAAAGGUUUUAAUGGCUGGAAAGCUUCUGGCAGACCAAUCUGCAGCUGCACUGACAUCCCUUGCAAGGCUGAAUCUGCAUAGCCAUCACUAUUACUCUCACCUCCUCCAUGCCUACAAUAAAAGGUAUGUAUACUUAAAGGCUUUCUUUGAGAUCACUUCUAUUUUAUUUAAAAAUAAAUAAUAAAUCAGCUUGAUUUAAAAUACACUCAAAACAUUUGAAGUUAUUUAUACUCAACGUAAUUUACUUCAACUAAAAAUAUAAACAAAAUAAAAUAAAAUAAAAAUAAAAAUAAGAAAAUUAAUGUGAUCCCAAAUAACCCCCAAGUAUAUCAUACUAGUGAUGGAUGUCGCGUCACUUGUGACUCGGUGGUUGACGAGUUUUGGCUUCUCCUUUGCGAUCAAAGAUUGAGCU